AUGAACGAGGCGUUUGGUAUGAUGGAUGAAGGUUACUUUAAACCUAGAUCUGAAAUUCUUAAAUUUAUAAACGAUCUUCUUGGAUUGAAUGUCACUAAGAUUGAAAGUUUAGGUUAAGGUGCAGUCUAUUGUUAAAUUUUAGAUGCUAUGUUCCCUGGAAAGGUGUCUCUUCAAAAGGUUAAUUGGAAAGCUAAACUUGAUUGGGAAUUCGUCAAUAACUUAAAAGUGCUUUAGACAGCAUUUACAAAGUUAGGAAUAAAACGUAUCAUUGAAGUAGAGAAACUCUCUAAAUGCAAGUAUUAGGAUAACCUUGAGAUGAUUUAAUGGUUAAUGCGGUUUUACGAAUGUAAUUGUAAUAAGCCUCCUGGUGAGUAUGAUGCUGCAGCCAAGAGAAAAGGUGUAGAACCUGAUUUUUCAUUUGCAGAUAAAAUUGUUGUGCCAAAAAUAUUUAAUCCUUCAAUGAAUAAACCACAAGAAGAGUAGUCCGAAAAACCUAAAAAGCAAGUUACAUCUUCACAUGCAACUACUACUGCAACUAAUUUCCAUCAAAAUAAUGCUUCAAAAAAGGCUGCUGAUAGUAAUGAGUAAAAGGCCCCUUCCUAAAAACUUAUAGAUAGUCAAUAAAAUAAAGGAAGAAGCUCAAGCUCAAAUAUCCCACCACCAAAAGCAUUAGGAGCUAAAAGUGACACCCCAAUGGAAAAACUUGAUAAGAUAAAGAAAAUAAUUCAAAAAAUAGAUGCAAGUGAUGCUGAAAAACUAGCAUAAAUUUCUAAGAUCGUUGGUAUUAAAAAUACCUAAGCACUCCAUUAAGAAACUCAUGAGGAGCAAAAAAUUAACACCGAUUAACAUCAUGAAUAAGAAAUUAAAAUAAACUAAGAGCAUGAACAAAUAGUAUAAGAACAUGAGCAUUCUCAUAAUUUACUUCAUUAAGAAGAUGAUGAGAAUCUAAUGAAUAAUGAAGAAGAGCAUGAUUUAAACAAAAACAAUGAUCAUGAAGAUGAAGAAUGUCUCUGA